AUGGAAGAAAGUGAUCAACCUGAUCAACCCAUCUCAUCAGGGAGGCAAGAAAUUCGAAAGAGAAGACGACCCAGCCAACCAAUGGUAGACAAAUCCCAGCAGACUGAAGUGACAGAGAAAAGGAGAUGCACGACCAUGCCACAGUCAUCUGGUCCCAAAGCUACCCAUAGCACUGGUAAUAUUCCUGGAAGCAAAGACAAUUACUCUGCCAAAGAAUAUGAGCCCCAUAGAGUAUCUUCUCAACUUCAGCAGACUUGGACAAAGAGAAAACGUGGACAGGAAAUGACUGAUGAAUAUCUUCAGACAGAUAUCAUCACAGAAGAGAAAAAGGAAGAAAUCAAGACAUUUGCUGUAUCAGCGGUCCCUGAAGAAAAGUCAGCUAAUGUCAGAGAAGCAGACUCUGAAUUGCCAGAGAGAGUUCAUGAAGUAGAAAUUCUACCAAGUAGACACUCAAUUCAUUUCAAAAUAGACAAAUCUCAGCAGACCAGUUGUACUGGAGACUGGACCAUGAUAAACGUUCCUCAAGUAGAAAUGGAGGAUAAGGGACUGCAGACGUACUUUAGUGAGUCAGAAAUAGUUGUAAUAUAUAAGCCAGAUAGUUCUUUUACAAAGUCAAAGGAAGAUGCCCAGAAAAAUAAAUCCUCAGGGAUGAUUUUUGUCGAUGAAUAUCCUGAAAUUCAACCAGCAACAAGUAGCAAAGAAGAAAUUAGGAAGAAAAGUAUCAGCAAAGCUUCAUUUAGUCAGUCAAUCCAAAACGAUACUACAGAACUCAUUUCAGGAAAUGAACCUAAGAGUGAUGUAACUAUAACUGUUGUAGGAGAGAGCCCUUUUGUUAAAAAGGAGGCAUCUGUUGAAAUAAAUCCUCCCUCAAUAGAUGAAAUCCCAGCUGAAGUACAGCCUCUUGCUGCAGAAGAACCCCCUGCUGAAAUCCAGCUACAACCAAAUGAAAAGGCCCCUGUUGAAACACAGCCUCUAGCUCCUGAAGAAGUUCCUGAAGCUUCAUCUAAAUUUCAGGCUCCAUCAGCUGAUGAAGCCGCAGUAGAAGUACAGCCUCCACCAACUGAAGAGGCUAUUGCAGAAGAGGUUGCUACUCCAGUAGAGCCCAUCCCUGCUGUGGAGGCCUCUGUUGAACUUCAGCCGCCACCAGCUCAUGAAGCCCCAGUUGAAGUUCAGUCUCCACAAAGUGAGGAAACCCCAGCAGAUGGGGCCGCUGCUAAAGUAGAGUAUCCCCCAGAUAAAGAGACUCCUGCUGAGGUACAGCUUUCACCAGCUGAAGAGAUUCAUGACAAAGAAGAGAAUACCCUUGCUGAAGAGGCCCCUGGAGAAGUACAGUCUCCACCAGCUGAAAAGGCUCUGGUAGAAGAGGCUGCUGAUAAAGUCCAGCUUACCCCUGCUGAAGACACCCUUGAUGAACUUCAGUCUCCAGCAGGUGAGGAGGCCCCUUUGGAAGAACAGCCUCCACCAACUGAAGAGGCCCUUGCAGAAGAGGCAUCUUCCGAACUUCAAGCUCCACUAGCUGAAGAAGCUCCUGCAGAAGAGGUCACUACUGAAGUUCAAUCUCCACUAGCUGAGGAAGCCUCUGUAGAAGAGGUUCCUGCUAAAGUGCAGCCUCCAUCACCUGAAGAGACUCUUGCAGGGGAGGCCCCUGCAAAAGUAAACCUUACACUGACUGAAGAAGCCCCAGCUGAAGCACAGCAUCCACUGGCUGAAGAAGCGUCUGUAGAAGAGCCUCCAGCAACUGUGCAGGCACCUGAGGAAGAUGUUCCCGCUGGAGUUCAGUCUCCAUCAGGAGAAGAGAACCCUGCAGAAGAGGCUCCUGCUAAACCUCAGUCUCCAACAGUUGAGCAGGCCCCUGAAGAGGAGAAUCCCGCUGAAGUUCAGCUUCUAACAGGUGAGGAGGCCCCGGAGGAAGAGGUCCUUGCUGAAGUGCAGUCUCCACCAGCUGAGGAGGCCUCUGCAGAAGAGGUACCUGCUGAAUUUCAACCUCCAUCAGUUUGGGAGGCCCUUACUGAACCCCAGCCACCAACAGCUGAAGAAGGUUCUGCAAAAGAGGCCUCUGAUGAAGUUCAGCUUCCAUUAGCUGAGCAGGUACUAGUAGCAGAUGCUUCUGUUGACAUUCAACCUAUUCCAUCUGAGACGGCUUCUGCAGAAGAGGUCCCUGCUGAAGUUCAGUCCCCACGAGAUGAGGAGGCCCCUGAAGAAGAGGACCUUUCUGAACUUCAGCCUCUAUCAGCUGAGGAGGACCCUGUAAAAGAGGCCUUUGCUGAACUUAUGCGUCCCUUAGCUGAAGAUCCUUCUACAGAAGAAGUCCCCAAUGAACUUAUGUUUCCCUUAGCUGAAGAUCCUUCUGCGGAAGAAGUCCCUGCUGAACUUUUGCCUCCAUUAGCUGAAGAUCCUUCUGCGGAAGAAGUCCCUGCUGAAGUUGAGUCUCCACCAGCUGAGGAGGCUUCUUCAGAAGAGGUCCCUGCUGAAGUUGAGUCUUCACCAUCUGAAGAGCCCCCUGUACUAGAGACUCCUGCUGAACUUCAGCCUCUACCAACUGAAGAAGUUACUUCAGAAAAUGUGCCUGAUAAUGAACUGCCUCUGCUAGCUGAGGAGAACCCUACUGAGGAAUUCCUUAUAGAAGAGAACACUGCUGAGCCUCAUCCUCCACCACCUGUAAAAACUCCUGCCGAAGAGACUCUUGAAGAGAAAGUGCCUACUGAAUUUUCACUUACCCAGGCAGCAGAUGUUUCACUGGUAAAAUCAAAGUCAUCUGUCCUAGAAGGGAUUUCUAAAGAUGAAAAGGCUUCUAUUGUAGACUCUGAGCCUUCAAGAUUGGACUCUGUUCCUGAAGAUAAACCUAAUAGGAAAGGAGAAAGUUCUAUUGAAAUAGAGGGUACCUUCCAUAUAAAAAUACAAUAA